ACAGAGACAGAUUGAACAAGAAAAAUUGGCAUCUAUGAAAAAACAAGAUGAAGACAAAGAUAAGAGGGAUAAGGAAGAAAAAGAAAGCAGCAGAGAAAAAAGAGAGAGGUCUCGAAGCCCAAGAAGAACCAAGAGCCGGAGUCCUUCCCCUGCUCCAGAAAAGAAGGAAAAAACUCCAGAGCUCCCAGAACCUUCAGUGAAAGUAAAAGAACCUUCAGUACAAGAGGCCACAUCUACAAGUGACAUCUUGAAAGUUCCCAAGCCUGAACCUAUACCAGAGCCUAAAGAACCUUCUCCUGAAAAAAAUUCCAAAAAAGAAAAGGAAAAGGAAAAGACUCGACCAAGAUCUCGGUCACGUUCCAAAUCAAGAUCACGGACACGUUCUCGGUCUCCUUCUCAUACUCGCCCAAGACGGCGCCAUAGAUCCCGAUCAAGAUCCUAUUCGCCCAGAAGGCGGCCAAGCCCAAGAAGGCGGCCAUCUCCUCGAAGAAGAACUCCACCGAGACGAAUGCCUCCUCCACCAAGGCAUCGAAGGAGUAGAUCUCCUGUUAGACGAAGAAGGCGUUCAUCAGCAUCCUUGUCUGGGAGUAGCUCAUCAUCCUCUUCAUCUCGUUCCCGGUCACCGCCAAAGAAGCCUCCCAAGAGGACAUCUAGCCCCCCUCGAAAAACUCGUAGGUUAUCUCCUUCAGCAAGUCCUCCUCGGAGAAGACACAGGCCAUCACCUCCAGCAACUCCUCCACCAAAAACUCGUCAUUCCCCAACACCCCAGCAGUCAAAUCGUACAAGAAAAAGUCGUGUUUCUGUGUCUCCAGGGAGAACUUCAGGUAAAGUGACAAAACAUAAAGGUACUGAGAAAAGAGAGUCACCUUCACCAGCACCAAAGCCUAGGAAAGUAGAGUUAUCUGAAUCAGAAGAAGAUAAAGGUGGCAAAAUGGCUGCAGCAGAUUCUGUGCAGCAGAGACGCCAAUACAGACGACAGAACCAGCAGUCUUCUUCUGACUCUGGCUCCUCCUCCUCUUCAGAAGAUGAGCAACCCAAGAGAUCACAUGUGAAGAAUGGCGAGGUAGGCAGGCGGCGGAGACAUUCCCCUUCUCGCAGUGCCUCUCCUUCACCACGGAAGCGCCAAAAAGAGACCUCUCCUCGGAUGCAGAUGGGAAAGCGAUGGCAAUCGCCAGUGACUAAAAGUGGUAGACGGAGGAGAAGUCCCUCCCCACCACCCGCCCGAAGGCGACGCUCUCCUUCUCCCGCUCCUCCUCCUCGGCGGCGCAGAUCUCCCACACCACCACCACGGCGAAGGACUCCUUCUCCUCCCCCUCGUCGGCGCUCACCUUCCCCAAGAAGAUACUCUCCUCCAAUACAGAGGAGAUACUCUCCUUCUCCACCUCCAAAGAGAAGAACAGCCUCUCCUCCACCUCCUCCUAAACGAAGGGCAUCUCCAUCUCCACCACCAAAGCGCCGGGUCUCCCAUUCUCCUCCUCCCAAACAGAGGAGCUCUCCAGUCGCCAAGAGACGUUCGCCUUCUUUAUCAUCAAAGCAUAGGAAAGGGUCUUCCCCAAGCCGCUCUACCCGGGAGGCUCGGUCGCCACAACCAAACAAACGGCAUUCUCCCUCGCCACGGCCUCGAGCUCCUCAGACAUCCUCAAGUCCUCCACCUGUUCGACGAGGAGCAUCAGCAUCACCCCAAAGAAGGCAGUCCCCAUCUCCAAGUACUAGGCCCAUUAGGAGAGUCUCCAGGACUCCAGAACCUAAAAAGACAAAAAAGGCUGCCUCACCAAGCCCACAGUCCGUAAGAAGGGUCUCAUCCUCCCGAUCUGUCUCUGGAUCUCCUGAACCAGCAGCUAAAAAGCCCCCAGCACCUCCAUCCCCUGUCCAGUCUCAGUCACCCUCAACAAACUGGUCACCAGCGGUACCGGUCAAAAAGGCUAAAAGCCCAACACCGAGCCCAUCGCCAGCCAGGAAUUCAGAUCAAGAAGGAGGUGGAAAGAAAAAGAAGAAAAAGAAGGACAAGAAACACAAAAAGGAUAAGAAACACAAGAAGCACAAAAAACACAAGAAGGAAAAGGCAAUGGCCGCAGCUGCUGCUGCGCCUGUGACUCCUGCAGCCAUUGCCGCCGCCACAACCACGUCAGCACAGGAGGAACCUGAGGCAGCACCGGAGCCCAAGAAGGAGACUGAAAGUGAAGCUGAAGAUAACCUUGAUGACUUAGAAAAGCACCUGCGAGAAAAAGCCCUGAGGUCCAUGCGGAAGGCUCAAGUGUCCCCUCAGUCUUAGGUGGAAAUGUUUGUUACGAUGUAAAUUUUAUUUGGUUUGUACUCAAUUCAAUUUCAAAAUUGCUAAAAUGUGUUUGAGCUUUAGACUAUAACAUUUGUUGUAAUAAUUGCUAGGUUGAAGUUCACCAUGUUUAAAAAAAAAGGGCAUGGAUUUACAUUGCAAAAGGUGUCCACAGUGUAUUAGUGACAUUCUUUCAUUGACAGCUGACAUAAAUUCAUUUAGAGUGAAAUAUUUUAAGCCAAAAAUAAUCCCUUUUUUAAAAAAGGGGGUUUAAGUAUUGUUGGCAUUCUCAUGGUUCCUCUACACUCUCCUGGCUGUUCCCACAGGUUUGUUUUUUGUUUUGUUUUUCUUUUUUUUUUUUCGCCCUCUCUUUUUCUUUACUUUUUCUCAUUUGACUAUUACCACCAUUUAAGUUAUGCUGCCAACCUUGUAUGGUUUGUAAGCUUUCCCAGAAAUAAGACCACUGCUGAACUACCACAAAAGUAUAAAUGAACAUUUUAAUGCCACAAUCUUUCCUGUUGCCUGUGGAGCUUUUGCUGAAAUGAAUCAGGAUUCGAGCUCUAGAAUGAGACAGAAAAAUGAACGCAUGCUGUUCGCCAGGACACUGGGUUUAUAGUAAUGUUACAAGUUGAUUCGGAACACUGGAAUUUCAUCCUACUCUGUUCUUUUUGAUUUUUCUCUUUUCAUCUCCCCCGCCCCUUUUGUAAAGGCAGUUAAAUAGUCCCAGGAAGGAUCCUUCAGUUAACCUAAAAUUUUGUUUUAUAAAAUGUCACAGCUCCAUUCAUAUUUUUGUCUUGUUCUUCCAAUUGGUAUAUACAGCUUUCAGAGCUCUUGUAUUUGGAAGGCUGGAAGGGCCCAGACUUUGAAAAUAGUGUCUUGGUUUCACUGUUUUUGUUUCUCUCUCUCUCUCUCUCUCUUUUUUUUUUUUUUUUUUUUAAACUAAAGCUAUAUAAAGCUCGUGGAUUAAACAGAAUAAAUUUCUAAAUUUAAAAAUG